AUGAUGACCAGUGGAUUCCCUCACCAUGGAGGCGGUCCUGGUGGAGGGCCUCACCCCGGAAUACCUCAAGGUAUGGGACCUGGCAUGGGUGCUCCAAUGAUGCAUCCUGGCGGCCCAGGUCCAGGAGGGCCUCAUGGACCUCAAGUCACCCAAGGUGCCGGCCCGCACAUGAUGGGUAUGCAGCCUGGUGUAGGUGGACCACAAGGACAGCCAAGCCAGCACGCCAUGGCACAUCUCGGGCCUCAGCAGCAACAGAUGAUGAUGCAACAGCAGCAGAUGAACACCAAUUUCCACAUGCAACAGCAGCGUGCAUUCAUGCAGCAACAACAAAUGCUGCGGCAUCAACAGCAGCAACAACAGGCGCAGCAGCAACAGGCACAGCAACAGCAACAGGGCAUGGGCAUGGCCUUUCAGAAUGGGCAACCCGGAGGCUUAACACCACAGCAGAUGCAUGCUAUGCAGCAACAACAUCAGCAGCAGCUUGGUGGUGUUGGCGCUCUUCCUAACCUUCCUCCUCAUUUCAUUGAGGCACAACAGCGCCUGCGUCAACAGCAGCAACAGGCACAAGCCCACCAGGCUGCCCAGGCCCAGCAACAGCAGCAGAUGCAACAGCAGAUGCACGCCAUGCAAUCCCAAGGCAGCAAUCAGGGACACCCCGUCUCGCAACCUCCACAAGGUCCCCAACCACAAGCACAGCAAGGACCCAUGCGACCACCAUCUCAGAUGGGCGGCCCACGAGAAGCGCAACCGUCGCCAGCGCCGCAAGCAGCUCCACAGCAGCCUCCGACUCCGCAGCCACAAGGGGUACAAUCAAAUCCCGGUCAGCCUCAAGCGUCGAACAACCCUCAGCAGAACACGCCACAGCAGGGACAACCAGCGCCAGGUUCACAAUCACAGCCUCAGCCUGGAACCCAGCCGACGUCUGGACCCCCAAACCCGCAGCUACAGCAACAGAUGACCGCAACCCCACUCCAGCAGCAACAAGCUCAGCAACAGGCGCAACAACAGGCCCAUCAACGUAUGAUGAUGCAACAAAUGGCACGGGCGCAACAACAACGAUCCAACAGCGGUCACCUCAUCCUGAAACUUAUAGCGUUCUCAGAUCGACUCGGCGCGUUCACUGCUGAACACAACAAGAUCGAGCUAUGGCAGCAAUUUGUUAGAACCUUCUUUUCAGAAGACGGAAGUUUCAAUUACAUUCUGGCCCACAAAGAUAACGGAAAAACGAAAUUGUACGACAUUUCCGCAGCGUCACUCCCGCGGUUCUACAUGGCACACUUCGAAGGCCAAGAGCGAGUCGAGUCCAUGCGCUUCUCACUGGAAGGCCUACACGAGACCGUAUCACAAACAGGAGGUGUGGUCCAUGCCAGCCGUGCGAAGCUGAUCUACGAUUUCCAAAACGGCACCCAACUCAUUUGCAGUGGCACACUCGCAGCUAUCCUCACGACAGACGACAAGAUUGAGGUCCUCCAUUUUGAAAGUACCAGCUCGCAGGACUAUGUUCCGCGCGAUAGGCUGGCUGAACUUUUUGCUGAAGAUUCGCCGGUGCAGACGAUCAAGCAAUCUCCAAAACUCAACAAGAACGCCAAAAAUCGAAACCAGCGCCAACAGCAACCUCGUACCAUCCGAGAGCAAGAUAUUCCCAGAGCGCCCGUCAACGAGUACGGUGUACUGAGAAAGGUUGGAGGCUUUUUGGAGAUCUCCGAGACGCUUUCCCAUAUGCAAGGACUCAUGGGCCACUACGUAGCGAAUCCGAAUAUGUCAGUCAGUGCAGCGUUGGGCGAUUACGUUCAAAGGAUGCAGGCUAUGCAGCCUCAGCAGCAACUCGGACCAGGUAACAUGCCAGGUGCGCGCACGCCUUCAGGCAUGUCGAGUGGAAAUUUCGGCCCUGGACCAGCCGGACAGUACAUGUCUCCAGCUAUGGCGAACAUGGCACUGCCUCACCAAGUCAACGGUUCUCCCCAUCUCAUGCAGACUCAUACUCCUUCACCUGCUCAGACACAUAACCUCGCUACUCAACAUUCUCAACAAGGUACCAACAGUUCCGCAACUGCAAGCGCAAACACCAGUCCUAAUGUCUCCAAUAAGCGCCGUCGUAGCACGGUGAAGCAGGAAGGCGACGAUGGCGAAGUCAAUGGCACAAACACCAAGACGAAGCCAAGUCCUCGAGUCGGAAACAAUAACAAGAGGUUGAAAUCUGGGGCAUGA